AUGCCGCUAACGAUCCUCCGGCGACCCCCAGACCUCUCAUCCUACACCCUUCUCUCAACCCACCAAUCCUCCACCCCGGCCUCCUUUCAAAUUCCAGUGCUACACUUCCACGCACCCUCCACCACCCUCCUGAUCACGCCAGAGAACAUCUCCCUCCUCCCCAUAUUCCCCGACGUCUCAACCCCCCCCUCGGACGCACCAGACCAGCUCCAAAUUCCCAAAAUCCAACUCCUGAUAACCUCUCAAACCCUCACCCUCUACAACGCUCCCUCAAAAAUCGGUAUAAGUCUGCCCUACCCAUCCAUCACCCUCCAUGCCAUCCAGAGGACCCCGCACGGUGCUGGAAUUUACAUGCAGAUAUCCCUCUCCCCUGCCAACGCUACAGCUCACACGAAUACCGACGAGUAUGACCAGGACGAAUUGCUGGAGAUUACGAUCCUGCCGGAUCCGGCUGGUGGGGAGGAGGAGGAGGAGGGAGGGGGGGGUAGUCUCGGAAAUUUUUAAUGCGUUGAGUGUUUGUGCAGGAUUGAAUCCGGAUGAGGUUGGGAGUGGUGAUGAGGACGAGGGCGAGGACGAGGACGGGAUAUUGUGGGAGGGAGAUGUGGAAGGGGGAGGGGAGGGGUUGAGACUUGAGGGGUUUCCAGCCGGUGGAGGAUGGAUUACAGCGGAGAAUGUGGGGGAUUUUAGGUUUGGUGACCCGGUUGAGGGGGAAGUGGGGACGGAUGAAGAAGUUGUGUUGGGCCCGGGGGCUGGGACGGUCAGGUUGAGAGAUGAAGUUGGGGGAGAAGAGAAGGCGGGGGAGAAUGGGGACGGGACGGAUGAGGCAAAGUGGAGGAGGACGGGGUGA